CAGGGGAAAAACCUAUGGAGAUCUAUGGGAGAAAACACCACAUAUUGGGUGAAAAAAAAAAUGCCACCCCUAGAGCAUGCUGCGUUAUGAGAGAAAAAAUAAAAAAGGCCCCGAAGCCAGAAGUGCUGAGGCGUAGCAGUGGGGAAACCUUCUGAUGGAUACAAAAACUACAAUUUAUCCUUUUUGUUUUUAACCUUUUAGCGCAUAUGUGAUCAGAGACGACUGUGUUAUGCGCAGCUUUAUAGAACCCACCAACAAUUCACAAUGAAUCAGGAUGCAGUGAAGCCUCUAGAGGUGGCGGAGACGUUGGCUGAAGUACCUGAACAUGUCCACAGGGGGCUCCCCGAGGAGGUGGCACUCGCUCCCUCUGCUGUCAAUAAGUUGCGUUUGGGUAUCUGGGCCCAGAAGCCGCUUCCAAGAGGAAAGAAAUUUGGACCUUUUAUUGGAGAGAAGAAAAAACGAUCUCAAGUGAAGAACAACGUCUACAUGUGGGAGGUGUAUUACCCGAACCUGGGCUGGAUGUGCGUUGAUGCCACAGAUCCACAGAAAGGCAACUGGCUGCGGUAUGUGAACUGGGCGCGCUCAGCAAAGGAGCAAAACCUCUGCCCCCUGGAGAUUAACAGAGCUAUAUACUAUAAAACCCUCAAGCCAAUUGAGCCGGGAGAGGAGCUCUUAGUCUGGUACAAUGGAGUAGACAACCCCGAGGUAGCAGCUGCCAUAGAGGAGGAGAGAGCUGCCAGCCACAGGAGCAAGAGGAGCUCGCCCAAAUCCAGGAGGGGUCGGAGGAGAUCUCUUAAAAGGAACCUAAACCACAACAAGCAAGAAAAGAAGAGACGCGGCCCGGACGUGGCUUCAGCCACAAUGAAAGAUUCACCAGACGCUCCCAACGAGGAGGAUGCCAAGCCACUUGGCUCUCCUGUCCUGUCUCUUGAACAAACAGCCGUGAUCCAAGAAAUGGUGAAUCACAAUGUCCUUCCAGAUCCGAUUUCCAUCCCUACCACUGAACUACCUGCAUUAUCAGACAACCAGACUGUGGAGGAUGUCCUCAUCGAGCAGGAGACCAUCGAUGACUUGCAGAAAGAAAGUUCAGAGCGGGAGUCUAUCACUCAGGAGGAAGAGAGUGUGGAGAUGCUUGAUGACCUCAGGAGUACAUCUGAUGAGACUCCCGAGGGGUCACCCAAAAAGAAACCCAUGAAAAUCCUUAAACCUAAAGGAGAUGUUAAUGGAGAUUUAGCAGAGGCUUUCAUGUUCCCAUGCCAGCAUUGUGAGAGGAAAUUCACAACAAAACAAGGGCUAGAGCGACACAUGCAUAUUCAUGUCUCUACAGUAAAUCAUGCAUUCAAGUGUCGAUACUGUGGUAAAGCAUUCGGAACGCAGAUUAACCGGAGAAGACAUGAAAGACGUCAUGAGUCCGGCCCGAAAAGGAAGUCUUUAGUGUUGACUACUUCUGGUGAAUUUGGUCAUGCUCACAAACACAUAAUAGAUUCUCUCAAUGCAACUGAUGAAUACAGCAGUUCUCGAAUACAAAGUAGAAUGACUGAUUCUGAUAGGGAGACUUCACAUUCUGUACUCUCCGAAGAAAACAGCGAGUCAAGCAGAGAAUUGCACCCUUGCAAAUAUUGUAAGAAAGUCUUUGGAACCCAUACAAACAUGCGCCGGCACCAACGCAGAGUUCACGAACGUCAUCUUAUACCAAAAGGAGUCAGACGAAAAGGGCACCUGCUCGAAGAUCCACAACUGAAACCUGAACAGAUGUCCCCAGUAGAGAACAUAUACAUAGCUAACACAGAAAUCGAGGAAGAUGGAGAAGCAGACGAUGUGUAUAUUAUGGAUAUCUCCAACAAUAUAUCUGAGAAUCUGACCUACUUUAUUGAUGGUAAAUUGCCAACGUGCACAAGUAGCACAUGUGAUGUGAUUGAGGUAGAGACCAACACUGCAGAGGUCCUUGGAAUUAACUGCUUACUUUCCCCUAUCAAGGUUGAAGUUUCUCAAACUGUAAGACCUCUCCAACCUUCCCCCGAUAAUCCUAAUCCACUCAGUGACUCUUCUGGCAGUGGAAUCUUGGAGCCUAAGAAGAGACGAACAAUCAGCCCUCCUUUACUGUCGAAAAUUAAAACUGAAGUGGAGCUUGAGCCUGUUACACCUUCUUGCUCCUUAACAAUUCCUCUUAGUGUUUCUGUCGGUGAUAAUUUGCCCUUUACAAAGGAGAAAAAUGUUUACUUAUCUUCUAAACUGAAGCAGCUACUUCAAAUGCAGGAAAGCAAUAAGUCUCAGAUUAGUCCAUCAUUACUCUCCGAAAUUCCAAAGUUGAGCCCGGCCAUGUCUUCCUUGCCAGCUAAUUCCAACAGAUUUAAAAGACGUACCAGCUCUCCUCCAAGUUCACCACAACUCAGCCCAGCUCCUAAAGAAGGAAAAUCUUCUUGGAAUGAAGGACUUGGCCCAAAAAUACCAAAGUUAGAAAGUCAAAGCAGCUCACCUGUCUGGAGUUUAUCUGGUAGAGAAGAAAGAGAUAACCUGAGCCCAUGUGAAGAUCUAAAGAUCAAUAAGGACUGGGCUGCCAGUGCAUCUUUUGCCAGUGCUUGUAACCAGCAACCCUUGGACUUAUCCAGUGGAGUAAAAGUGAAAUGUGAAAGCAAGUGUCGAUCACAGGUUCCUUGGGAGUCUGUACUUGAUCUUAGCAUAAAUAGGAAGUCACUGUCUGACAGUGAAGCAAAGGAAUAUAAAGGGAAUACAAUUGGUGUAAAGAAGAAGAAGCCUACAACGUGUAUGUUAAAAAAGGUCCUGCUAAAUGAAUACGAUGGGUUAGAGGCUUCGGAGGAAUGUGUUUCGCAGCCAGAUACUAUUGCGCUUCCCUGCAGAACAGAUGAGCUCAGACCUUUAGGAGAACAUAGUGCUGGCUCAAGUGAAGAUGUUCCUAUUCCUUUAGAAGCUGCUUCUGCUUUUCUUGAAAGCACAUGUAUAGCAGAAUGCGAGUCACCACCUAUACUAACACCUUCUGAAGCUCCUUCACCUAACCCAUGUCCUCCAUUUUUAACAGAUGCUACAUUGCCACCACCUCUUCUUACAACUAUUGCUCCUUCACUCCCAGAUUCUUCAUGCAGUGUACCUCCUACUCCAUCUUGUGCUUCACCCCUUUCUGCGAGUACACAAUCCCCACUUCCAGUUCUCUCCCGCACAGUGUCUCCUUCUCCUUCCCUUACUACUGAUGACCCUUCUGGGUGCGCUUCCCCUGGCCCACCUACCCUUUCCUCUUCAUCGUCUUCUUCUACCACUUCAUCAUCAUCAUCAUCAUCUGCAUCAUCAUGUUCAUCUCCUCCACCUUUGUCUGUAGUUUCUUCAGUUUUAUCUCCGUCUUUAAAUUCAGAAUCCUCUGCACCUAUAUUUAAGCAAGAGAAGCAUCAUGAGGAAGCACCAACCGAAGACUCUUUGCAGAGGAGUCAAAAUGACUCAAUUUGUGAAAGUUUUAGUAAGUCCUUUGUGUGCAAUGUUUGUGACUCUCCAUUUGUAUCUAUUAAAGACCUUGCCAAGCAUCUUGUUGUGCAUGCCGAGGAAUGGCCUUUCAAAUGUGAAUUCUGUGUGCAACUUUUUAAAGACGUAUCGUAUCUCUCAGAACAUCGUUCGAUGCUACAUGGGGUGGGGAAGAUUUUUGUAUGCUCUAUAUGCAAAAAGGAGUUUGCUUUUCUUUGUAACUUGCAGCAGCAUCAGCAGGACCUGCAUGCAGAUAAAGAGUACAGUCAUAGGGAGUUGGAAAGUGGGACGCUUAGGCCACAGAACUUCACAGACCCCAACAGAGCAAAUUUAAUCCACAGUCAAAGGAUGGAUGAUGACCCCAUGACGCCAUCUCCAGAGGAUGAUGGGGAUUUAAAUGAUUCUUCUGAAGAACUGUAUACAACAAUAAAAAUUAUGGCUGCUGGAGAAAAAUGUAAAGAUCCAGAUGUGCGCAUGGGACUCAAUCAGCACUACCCAAGCUUUAAGCCACCACCUUUUCAAUACCACAACAAAAAUCCCCUGGCUCUUGGAGCAACUGCAACAAAUUUUACUACCCAUAAUAUUCCACAAACUUUCACUACUGCUAUACGUUGCACUAAAUGUGGGAAGGGUGUUGACAAUAUGCCUGAAUUACACAAGCAUAUAUUGGUGUGUGCUUCUGCCAGUGACAAAAAAAGGUACACUCCGAAAAAAAAUCCAAUCCCCUUGAAACAGACUGUGCAGCAUAAGAAUGGAGUAGGGGUGGUAGUUUUGGAAGCUGCAGAUAAGAAUUCAUUUAGACGAAUGGGUCAGCCGAAAAAACUUAAUUUUACUAUUGAACUUGGCAAAAUGUCUUCAGGAAAGCUCAAAUUGGGUGCAAUAAAAAGAAAAAACCAGCUAGUGCAAAAGGCAAUUUUACAAAAGAACAAGAAGGCAAGGCACAGAUCUAUCGACCCGGUGCCUCAUUUUUGCCCCUAUUGCAAUCGAGAGUUUACUUAUAUCAAAAGCUUGAACAAGCAUGCCUCCUUUAGUUGUCCCAAAAAGCCAGCUUCUCCACCCACCAAAAAAGCAAGCCCCAAACCAUCAAAGAAGCCAUUGUCUGUCAAGAAAAAAAAAAACACCAUCACUCGGAGAACAGCAGAUGCUGAGAUACAGAUGCAAAACACAGAGUUAAAUUUGGGUAAAACUAGAGCAAGGAGCUUGGCACCUGCUCCUGUUCUGCCACCAGCAGUGCCCAUCAAAGCCAAGCAGAACGUAAAAUCUGCUCCUCCUGUGAAGUCAAAGAAGCAGGGUAUACCUAUGGUAAGGAACUCGAGCCCUUUGAGACUACCCAAGGGCCAAAUGGGUAACGAGGGGAAAAAAUCUAAGAAAGCCACACUCCAAGUUCUGCACCAGCCAUUUGGAAAAACACAUAGGAAACUCCACAUGCGGAUGCAGAAGAACAAGUUGCCAAAUAAGCAUUUAGCCAAGAAGAAAAAAAAGGACAAGUUUAGUACAAAGUUCAGAGAUAGAGUUAGUGGACCCCGAACUAGAAGCUCUGCAGACUACUCCAAUAAGAGGGAAGAUGGACGGCAAGAAUCCAGAUAA